GUCCAUUUAAAAGUGUAUUCUUGACGUGUGUCCCCUUUGCCGAUCCGCGCGGGUCAGUUUGAUAGCAUUUGCCGCGCGCACGCAACGCAUUUACGCCACGACGCGCACCCGGAACGGAUUCGAGACGAUAUUCAAUCGGCCAUCACAACGCUUCAGUAUAUAUUGUCGUGUUGACAUAACAUUGUAAAUCAUACGAUAAUAUAAUACGUUUCGCGUCACGACGGUCGGCUACCUAUACCGUACAAAUAGGUACCUACACGAAAAGUGUAUAAUAUUAAAUUACAUUAAACAACUACCCCGCGCCACAGAUUUUCGUUGCACGGUUCUUUUUUCAUCUUCUCGGAGAGGUGAGACUCGGCUCGUCUUCGGCGCGUGAUAGGCAUUUUCGUUUUUUCGACAUUUUAUUUUUUUUUUCACAAUCCGCCACGCACCGUUCGAGACCCGUUGUACCAUUUAACAUAUAAUACUAUACGUUUAUUAUUCAGUAUUUUUGGUGUAUUAGUGCGCUUACCGAAAGUCGAAAAGUCGUUUACGCGGAUUCGCCGUCUUCCAACCACAGUGGACCGCGAACGAGGACUGAAACGCCGCCGCCGCCGUCGCCGCUGUCUCUUGGUCGUAACGUAGUCGUCGUCGUCGUCGUCGUCGUCGGAUGAUGUUUAUGGCGCGGCCCCCCGGUCGUUGUUGCAGGGAUGCAGGGAACGGUAUAAUUAUUGUUUGUAGCUGCUUCAGCAUCAAUCCGCCGCCAGCCGUCACGCCGCGCGCCUAAAACGAGCGCAAACCGCACACGGUAACAAUAAUAACCGACGACCAUUGUUAACAUUUACAUUCGCGUCCACGGGACAGUACGGUCGUCGUCCCGGCGGAACCCGCACCGGAACCACAUACCAAACCCGUGAGCACAUCGACACCGCGAUCAUGAACUGGUCGCGUCUGUGUUUCCUGACGGCCGUGUCCACGUUCGUCAUGUCCGGCGUUUGCGGCUCUUACAUACUGGAAGACACGCCGCUCCACUGCUCGGUGCGCCGGAGCAUAUCGCCGUGCACGUGCAGCUACUUCACCGGCAUGGUCCGGCCCAAGAUCAUGGUCAUCUGCCAGAAGAUGGUGUCGUUCGAGAGCGUCAUCGGCGCGCUCCAGAACAAGUUCGACGCGGUGUUCGACUACGUGCUCAACAUCGAGUACUCGGAACUCCACGACCUGGACACGAGGCGGUUCAACGAGCUGGGCUUCCCGAUAGUCGACCUCAAGCUCACCAAAAACAAUCUCAGCACGCUACCGGAUGAGGCUUUCAUUGGCAUGAACAGGAUACGGAUCUUGUACUUGUCGGACAACAGACUUUGUGCAGUUCCUACUCAGAUAUUCAAGCACAUGCCCAGUAUCGAGGUGUUGGACUUGGCCAGGAAUUCCAUACACAGCGUUGCGUCCGGAGACUUUCAAAGUUUGUCGCUAAUGAACACGUUCGUAAUGGCCACGAACAAUUUGACCGAUAUAACGAACGGAUCUUUCCCCACGACGUUGAGAAAAGUCCAAUUGGCUGCUAACAACCUGACGGAAUUAAACGGAAAUUUGAGAAAUCAAAAAGAACUGGAAUGGCUGUACUUAUCUAAUAACCGGAUAAAAAAUCUCGACGGAGAAUUGCCAAUCGACAACGACAAACUCAUAGUGUUGGACGUAUCCAAGAACAGGUUAACUCAUUUGCCACCAGAACUCAAUUGUCUGAAGGCGCUGAGGUAUUUUUACUGCACAUAUAAUCAGUUGACCGGACUGAACAAAACGCUGUCCAAGUCGAGAAAAUUGGUUUGGCUGGAGCUCACCGGUAACAAGAUACAAGAGUUGGCGUCCGACGAAUUCGAAGAAGCAUCGAUGAUCGAAGUGUUAGAACUCAGCAACAACUGCAUAAAACACCUGAACAAAUCGUUAUUGCCACUCACUCAACUAUCCGAAAUAAAUUUGUCCAACAAUAAACUCACCGAAUUCUCGUUGACUGAAAUCAAGGGAUUAAAGGAACUCAAGUUGGUCGAUUUGUCGCACAAUACGAUUUCCAAACUCAGUGGCCAUUCCGACAUUAUAAGUGAGCCAGUGACUGGAAUCGAGCACUUGAAGUUGGACCACAACGAGUUGGAUUCGCUCGGCGGAUCAUUGAUAGGCAUCAAAACACUCGUCAAACUCAAUAUCAGUCAUAACAAAUUUACUGAUAUAUCGCCGUACGAUCUGACAGGAUUAAAUUUAAAAAUCCUAGAUGUAUCCCACAACCUGUUACACAUACUCCCAGACUCGUCUCAGAUUCAUUUGCCGGCUCUCGAGAUGUUAGUAGCUUCGUACAACGUUUUGACCGGCUUAUCAAAAGACUUCCAAGGAUAUCCUGUACUUUGUCAUGCCGAUCUCGAGUUUAACAGUAUACAGACCAUUCAGGAAGAACUAGUCGAAAUGACCCAAUGCAAAUUGCACGGAGUAAACAGCACGUUGAGAAUAUACUUGGAAGGCAACCCGGUGCUAUGUGACGACAACACGAAGACCAUAACGAAGGCGAUGGAAUUGAAAUACAACGCAGAAGUCAGUGGCACCGCCAAGUGCAUUCCCGUCACAAACGACAUAAAAACAUCUAACCUGACCGAGAUCGACCAAUCCCCAAUUACCGUGAUCGUGACCUGACGAUGACCAUCGUCAACAAUACGCGUAUUAUAUCUUUGAAUUAAUAUUAUAUAUGUUUCCGUGUUAAUAUUAUAAUUUUUAUUUAUAUAUAUAUAUACAAUUUCUAUAUUAAUUGUUUUUACUUCUCUGUUGAUUAUACUAUUUGAUUUUAAUACUUUUUCUCGUCGCCCUCUCGGACUUGCAAUACUAUAAUAUAAUAUGUGAAUAAUACGUGCUCCGCACUGUCGUCACAAACCUUAGAACGCCUAUAGGUAUAUAUAUAUAUAUAUAUAUUAUGAUUAAUAUAGAUAUUUUUGUAAACGAAGCGUAACGUAUAUAUUAUAUGCUCUGUUCACACAGCUAUCUAGUCCAGCUUGUAUCGCGACUAUGUAAUAAUAUUUUUAUGAUACACUAUUAUAACGAUAAUAGUCGUAAUAAUAACAAUAUUGUAUAUUAUUAUAGUAUUAUUAUUAUCAUUAUUAUCGUCGUCUAGAUCGUAAUAAUUAUUAUACUGUUAACGAAUUAUACAUAUAUAUAUAUAUAUAUAUAUGUUAUAACGUGGAAAGGGCUUGGAUCGUAUAUAGUAGGUAUAUAAUAUAGUGCGUGUUAUUAUUAUUAUUAAUUUUUUCACUUUUUUGUUCGUAUAAUUGUGUCACUCCACUUGGAAUUUAAUAAUAAUAAAAAAAAAAAAAAAUUGAAAAAAAAAAUUAGUGACCAUCAUAAACAAUGCACGGUGAUAUUAUUACAUACAAUAUGACAAUAAUAUGUUGAUGCGAAAUCAAAAUUUUCCGUUAUAACCUUAAAUCUUACAACUACCUAUUGUUUUAUAUAAAUAUAUGUGAUGGCUAUUAUUUUUCAUUUUAAUGUUUAUAAUUGUUUUUUUUUCUAUAUACAUAAACUAAUAAAAUAAAGUUAAACUUUCA